UUGAGUAACGAAACUAGUCACUCCCAUGCUACAGGCUGGACAGGAUAAAUCUGCAAACAUCCAAAGGUGAUCUCAGUACCUGGGUCUGAUCUUCCAAAGCAUAGACAUGGACUGGGACAUUGACUUGGAAGAACUUUGCAAGUUGGUUGUUAUAAGUGCAGGGGGCGUUGUAACUGUGGCUGCGACUCCUGCUGCUCUGGCAGCAAUGGGUUUCACCGCCACUGGAAUAGCGGCAGGCUCCGUUGCUGCCAAACUGAUGUCCUAUUUGGCAAUCAUGAAUGGUGGAGGAGUUGCAGCAGGAGGUUUUUUUGCAACCCUUCAGUCAACUGGUAUGUCCGGUCUGUCAUGGCUUGGCACUGCAUUUAUGGGGGGUGCUGGAUCAUUUGGAGGUUGGGUCCUAUCAACGAUCUGUAACGGUACUCGGCCAGAUUAAUAUCCGCCUAGUUUUCGCUCUACCAAUUGAACUGCAUGUAAUGUUUUGCAUUUUCCUAUUUUCCAUGUAUGCAAUAACUUUCUUGUGUUAUUGUUUUCUGUUCUGCAUUCAAGGGCAUCGUACACUUUUUCAUACGCUUUGUUACUUCUGUUUUUGUUGUGUUUGUUUGUGUUCAUGGGGGAUCUUGUGGAUAUCAUUUUUAUACUUUUUUUUUAUAUAAAUAUAUUUUGUCAGUGUGUCUAGCUCCCACCUACCCUGGUGAAAAAAUGUUUGUGAAGUAAAGAUAAAAAAAAAAUAAAAAUAAAUAAAUAAAAUAAAACACCAUACACUCAGCUAAAGGUAAAAGCAAGAUGAUAUAAUGUUUUAGGGCUGGGACUUAGGACUUUCUCUGUUUCUGGCACAUUUAACUGAAUCUAAAGUUCAUUCCCAUGAUGCACCUGUGAAUUUAUGAGUCAUUCCAAAUAAAAAUGCUUGCAAAACUAAAA